CACUUCGAAUCGUCUAGGACACCACACACAAAAGCUCUGCUACUGCAGCAUAAACCUCCACUUCAUUUCUUGUCUGUUUAAACCAUCUCCUAUCGACGUCUUUGCCUGAAUAUAUCUCAAAACCCAAUAUCGCAUACUUGGCCGUUACACGUGUCGUGGGUAUAUCUUUCGGCUUUGGCUCUGUUCAUCCCCUGUUUUGGCCUUCUCUCUGACAUGUGUCUGCAGAAGCUCUGGGUCUGACGCCGUUCAAAUUGUUCCACCGAACCUUCCACCAAUAAUUUGGGGUAUAACUGUAAGUCCGUCGCUGCACAAGUGAGGUCUGGCUGGGACUGGGGGCUUCAUGGACAAAGUCAACAUGGGAGAGUGGGAGAGUCGGCUUAUCAACGAGCUAGUACAAGGCAGGGAGCUGGCAAGGCGACUUCAGAUGUGCCUCCACUCGCCGUCUUCCUCCCCAGAAACCUGCGAGUUCUUGAUCCAGAGAAUCAUAGCCGCAUUUGAAAAGGCACUUGCAACGGUAAACUGGAAUGGUGACGCAUCGCACCUCACACGGGUCGGAAUCGUCCCAACUUCUGAGUCACCACCUUUUAGUGGCAGUCCUCGCAGCGAAGACUCUGACAGGGAUUUCCAAGACCAAAGUGCCUCCAAAAAGAGAAGAAGCAUGCCCAGGUGGACAAAACAGAUUAGAGUUAGCCCAGGGAUGGGGGUGGAAGGGACUCUUGACGACGGAUAUAGCUGGAGGAAAUACGGCCAGAAAGAGAUUCUUGGAGCCAAGUUUCCCAGAGGCUAUUACAGAUGCACCCAUAGAAAUGUUCAAGGAUGCUUGGCCACGAAGCAAGUGCAAAGAUCUGAUGAGGACCCCAACGUAUUUGAAAUCACCUACAGAGGAACGCACACCUGCUCACAGUCAUCCAAUGCGGUUGCUCCAUCUGGCACUCAAGAAAGCCAUGAACUGAAUCCGAAUGCUGUAGAUCCUCAGCAACAUUCACAAGAGCAACUACUUUUGAACCUUCGAGCUGGUCUGAGAGUCCAAACCGACAAUCUAGAUGUCCCCGCCCCGGAGCAAUCCUCAUCGUUUACCUCACUUAUAUUUGGUUCAACCUCCUCCAUUAUGGAUCACGAAAACCGAAUGUUUACAAGCUCCAUGCUCGAAAACAAUUUUGCCGACAACCUCACUUCUGAUCCUUCCUAUAUGUCCCCAGCCACAUCAGGAAUAACCAGCUUUUCCGUGUCCCCAAGUGGAGGAGUCAAUAACAUGUUUGGUGAGAUGCCAAAUAUGGCAACUACUUCUGGGUCUGAGAUCAACGACAUAGUCUCAGCCGUUACUUCCGCCGCAAAUUCCCCAACCGUUGGUUUAAACCUUCCAUUUGAUCAGUUCGGAUAUGAUGGACACAGCUUCACUUUUGAUAACCAGCGAUUCUUCUAAUUACUUUUGCAUAUUCAGAAUAACCAUAUCAUAGCGGGAAAAAAAUGCAGAAUAAACAUGUGAUAAGGCAGCAAGCAGCUGUAUUGUUUCUAGAAGGAACCGGGGGGGGGGGACAUUAUGUCUUGACCGCUUGUCCUGCAUAGAUGGGCCGGUCAAAAUCGUUUUAGCUUUCCCAUCGCCGUUUGAUUGAAUCAUUCAAUUAAUUAUAGAGCUUUUUCUUGUUCA